AUGUCUGAAGUUAAAGGCACUAAAGCUUUAGAACUAUGGUGCAAACGACUGGUGAAAGAUUGCCCUACUGUUCAGAUUGAUAAUAUGACAACAUCUUGGAGAAAUGGAAUGGCAUUUUGUGCAUUAGUUCAUCAUUUCAGACCGGAUUUAAUUGACCUAUCUAAACUGAAACCUGAAAAUAUAUAUGAAAAUAAUCAACUAGCGUUUAGCAUAGCAGAAAAACAUUUAGGCAUUCCUGCUUUACUUGAUCCGGAAGAUAUGGUAGAAAAUGAUGUUCCAGACAGAUUAUCUGUAUUAACAUACUUAUCUCAGUUUUACCAGCGCUUAAGUCAUACAGUAAACACUAAAGUUUCUCAAAGUGAACCUAAAGCCACAUCUCCUACAUCAACACCGUCAGUUACUCCUAUAAGAUUUGGAAAGACAGGUUUAGAUAAAUGCGCCGCAUGUGGAUUGCCUGUCUAUUUGGCACAAAAACUCAUAGUGGCACAAAAACUAUAUCAUAGAAGAUGUUUCCGAUGUUCAAAGUGUUCAGGACAUUUAAACCCAAAGAAUUUCCAACUUGAUGAUGCAUCUGAGUUUACUUGUGAUACUUGUAAAAAUGAAAAAAGUUUACCAAAAAUUUUUAAUAACAAUGAUCAAAUGGGAAUGCUAGCUUUUAGUAGCAAUACAAGUGAAAUAAAAAAAGAUACUUUUACUGAAGAACAAGUAAGUCAAAGAUAUAAGACAAGGCCUCAGUCUAUAUUAGAUAAAAUAAGUGUGUUUGAAAAAAAUGUAGAAAAAGACACAAGUAUUGACAACAAAAUAGCAAGUAUUAGUUUAAAAGAUUCCUCUUAUGUUAAGUUUAAAGAAGCAAAUAAAUCAUUAGAAAUUGAAACUAGCGGUAAAGAACAAACUAGCUCUUCUAAAGAUUUUAAUAUGGAAAACAUGAGUAAUAGUGGUUCAAAAGAUGACAUAUAUAGCACAGACGAAAAUUUCUACAAAAAGGUGCCCGAAAACCUGUAUAAGAGUGACAUAAAUAAAUUUAAUUUUUUACAAACUCAAUUAUCAGGUGACAACUUAGACUCAAGUAUUGCAUCUAAUAAUACCGAUGAUACAGACACAAAAUUAAAAUAUGAUGAAAUAAAUAUACUUAAAAAAUCUUCCACUGAUGAUUAUGAUGAUAAAUUUAGAAAUAUUAAUAAGAAAAUAAAAGAAGAAAGUAACAUAACGGAUGACAACAGAAUAGCUAAAUCUAAUUUAAACAUAUCUAGUUCCGUUACUUCUGUUUUUGGAAAUAAUAGUUUCAAUAAAGACAAUCCUGAAAAUAGUAUAAGUGUUCCCCCAAGAAGAAAAAAGAACCAUGUGAUAGCAGAAAAGAAUACAAAUGGCGUAAAAAAAGAGGUGUCAGGUAAACCCUGCAAAGAUCAUGAAUAUCCAGAUUAUUUAAACCCAUUUUCGGAUGACGAUGAAGAGGUAAAAGUUAAAGAAAACCAAAUAAGAGUCAGUACUAAUCCUUUUGGUAGCAGCGAAGAGGAAGAUGAUGACCCUGCUAUCCAGCCGCAAGUAAAACAAAAUACCCAAUUGCCGACACCAAUAAAAAGGCAUAUAAUAGCUCAAAACUCAUAUAAUCCCUUUUGGUCUGAUGGAGAAGAUGCCUCGUCUGACGAAGAAACAUGUAAAAGAGGUUCAAAUAUGUACAAGUCGUCUAUGGCGACCAGCACGCCAAAUUUGCCUACAAGCACACCACGCCGCAGGAAACCGAAAGCGCCACCCCCACCCCCAACAAUUACCGUAAGCGAAGCCCAAGAAGCGGGAAGAAACUCAACCUCCAUGGACGACGUAGCAAGCAUAUCAUCACUAAGCUCUCACACAUCAACAGUAUACUCAGAUCAGAAAUCGUACGGAACAAUAACGCCAAAAUUGAAAAAGAAACGCCCUGCACCGACACCACCAGAUAGUCUCACCAACUUAUCCGGAUGUGGACAAACAAUGGAGCAGGAUAUGGAUACUUCUGGAGUUCGUAGCAAUGCUUCUGAUGGUGGGCGACGUGUAAAAGGGCCAGCGCCUGGAUUGCCAUUACCAGAAAGGAGGGAAGUGAAAAUGCAAAUGUCCCCCGAAGAACUCCAGGUGCAAUUGGAUAUGUUGGAAACACAACAGCUUGGUCUCGAACGCCAGGGCGUACUAAUUGAACAGAUGAUACGUGACAAGUGUGAGGGUGACGACGCUCCAUCAGUACCUCAGGAGGUGAUAGAAGAUUUAGUAAUACAAUUAUGUGAACUUGUUAACGAAAAGAACGACUUGUUCAGGAAACAGACGGAAUUAAUGUAUAUACGUCGACAACAGAGGCUAGAGCAAGAACAAGCCGAUAUUGAACACGAAAUCAGGAUAAUCCAGUCUCGACCGGCAGUAAAUCGCAUCGAUGCGGAUAAGGCACGAGAAGAAGAGCUGGUAACACGUCUCGUGGAGAUAGUACGUAUGCGUGACGAGUUGGUCCAACAGAUCGAAGCAGAACGCCGUCGUGAACGUCAAGAAGACCUCGCCAUCGCCGCCUCCAUCGCCAACAAACGAGCUCAAAGGAACAGCGACUCAAAUACUUCUUCCAUCAAGUCGGCAGAAACUGUCCCAACUCCUAAAAAAAGUAAAGUAAAAGACAAAGUUAAAAAACAAUUAAAGAAAGCGAAACAUUCGCUUAUUUCUAAGAAAAAAGAAGACCAUAAUACGGAAAAAGAUAGAAAACCUAAAUGA